AUGAAUGAUUCGACUCCAGUCGAAUCCCGGACGAAGGAGCCUUUCGAGAUGGAUGAUCAGAGCUUCGUGGGCAGUGAUACUUACCAAGCGGACUUCGACGCUGGAGCACAAUUCGAGUCUCCGGCAAGGUCAGCAUCUGGGCGAUGGCAGACGAUCAACAGCUCAAACACUAUGGAUCUCGAACGUCACCUGUCUGCAAGCUCGGUCUCAAGGGAUGUCCGCGCAAGUAGCGUUUCAAACCAGCGUUACGACGAUAACGACAGGCCAGAUUCAACAAACAUGGUGUCGACGCAGUCCGAAGGCCAGUCCUAUGAGAAUGAUCGCACUAUAAUGAAUUCAGAUCGUGUUCUCGACUCUCGUGAGCAAAUGGAAUCCGCAACUUUAACUCCUGGCCGUUCCCCGAGUCAGGCCUUCGGCAACAAUGGCAAUCACAGCAAUCUAGAAAGUCGUUCUGACUUGAGCGAGAGAUCACAGUCCGGAAACACGAUGUCAACGCCCUUCCUAGACCCGGGCUUGAUGGAUCCUCAUGCAAGUAGAGGUUCAGACCAUCGCUACGGAACCAGCGAGCCACAGGAACCGGCAAACCUCAUGCCAGCCGCAAACAUCAACCACAAAUAUGACAAUGUUCGCACGAGCAGCUCUUCAGACCAACGUCGGGGUUCUAGCGAGCGAUUGGACUCGGUUCAUCUAGUGUCACCAUCCGGAAUCGAGCGUCGUAGAAGAAGUCCAAGCCCAAGGCCUAAGGUCAGUGCCGAAACAAAAGCUCGAUGGGCGAUGUUGAAGCAAUUAGCUGGCGUUUCUCAACCGCGUGAUGUGGAAGAGGAAGACCGGAAUGAAGGUCGAGACGAAGAGACGCGCACCACAGAAGUCGACUCCCGUAUUAGAGAAGAAUCAAACGCACAUGAUUCAUCGCAGACGGGUGACCAUGUCGAUGAUGCAAGCAUCGAACGAUACCUGCAGAAGUUGCAAGGAGACCCUCAUAUUGACAGUCGAGGACUCCGGGAGGGUCUCUCUCGAAUGCAAUCAUACAAGGGUUCGAACAGUCAACAGGAUCAACAUUCGGCUCAUGAAAGUCAUUUCGAAGGCAAUACGUACUCAGGCGCUCGAAGACCAAGUGAGGACAUUCGUAACAGUGGAAUGGAAAACGAAGUUCGUGGAGCGGAGCAGGAUGCGCGGGACAAACUCAAUAAGGGUAAAGGAGAAGCUGAAAAGGCCUUGAGAGGCCGCGAAGCAGGUUCGCGGGGAGAUGGACAUGCUCUCGGAGCUGGCCUUGAAGGAGCCGGUCGCAGAGCGGAAGGGGAACUCCGAUCAGCUGGCCGUGAUGCCCGAGACUCCCUCCAGAAAGACAAGAACGGGUUUGAGCGAGAUGUUCAAAGAGAUACUAGUAUGGCAGAUGCGGAAGUGCACAAAUUAGGUGGUCAGACAGCAAGAGAGUUUCGAAGAGGAGAACAUGGUCUGGAAGCUGGCCUCGAAGGAGCGGCUCAUGCCGCGGAGGGUUUAUUGCCCCCCAUGAAUGUUCUACAGGAUCUUCGACAAGGCGAGCACGAUCUGAUGGGAGAUGUUCACAAGGCCGAGAACGCAUUCUCACGUACCGGACUGGGCCAGGAGGUUCGAAAAGGCGAGCAUGACCUGAUUGGAGAGGUUCACAAACUCGAGCAAGAGUUCCCCCAUAUUGGGCUUGGGCAAGAGUUCCGAAAAGGCGAGCAAAACCUGAUGGGAGAUAUCCACAAAAUCGAGAACGAGGUGGCCAAUACUGGGCUUGGGCAAGAGAUUCGGAAGGGCGAGAACCAUCUAGUGGAUGAGUUCCACAAGCUCGAACAUGAGUUGCCUCACCUCGGGCUGGGUCAAGACCUCCGCAGGGGAGAGCAUGACCUGAAGCAAAGUCUGAACGAAGCAGCUGAUCAUCUGCGCAGAGACGAACACGCCUUGGGUAAAGGAGCCGAAGCAGUAGGUCGAUCUGUCGAGCAUGGGUUGGAGAACAUAGGAAGAUUCGCCGUCGAUGGUGUGGCAAUAGCCGGAGGACUUGGGGUGAUGCCAUUUGACCAUGCAGAAUCCGGAAAGAGUGCACCCAGCCCCAGACCGAACGUUCUUCAACCUGGCCAUGGAAUGAUCAACCCCAACGGCCAGCAAAUGCCAAGGAACACUCAUCAGCCUGGUGCAGGAGGACCUCACCCACUAGGAGCGCCAGGAGCGCAUCCAGCCUUAAAUGUUCAGAGACUCAACCAAGCUCCUGCAAAUCAUCAAAAUCGACCCUCGAUAGUCGAGCCUCCGCAUCAUCCUCUAGCACCUCAGACGCCGCAGCGCGGUCACAACCGCGGGCCCUCCGGCAGUCAGCAUCCCCAUCUGUCUCCCAGUUCAUCUCCAACAAGGGUCCCUUCUCCUGGCCCGGGAAUGAAUAAGAUUACCCCAGGGAGAACGCCGAGUCCAAGCCCGGGGAACAAUCAGAGGAGCCAAAUGCCAGUCCGAAAACCUGUGUUGCCUCCACGACCUCAAGGAGCCCCACAGCACCCCUCUCAACCUCAGCAUCCUCAGGGAGCUCCACAGCACCCUUCUCAACCUCAGCAUCCUCAGGGAGCUCCACAGCACCCUCCUCAACCUCCGCAUCCUCAGGGAGCUGCUCAACACCCCUCUCAACCUCAGCAUCCUCAGGGAGCUCCACAGCACCCUCCUCAACCUCAGCAUCCUCAGGGAGCUCCACAGCACCCCCCUCAACCUCAGCAUCCUCAGGGAGCUCCACAGCACCCCCCUCAACCUCAGCAUCCUCAAGGAGCUCCACAGCACCCCCCUCAACCUCAGAUUUCUCAAGGCGCUCAACCGCAUCCCACAAGAACCCCACAACAGAGGCAGCCUCCGAACGCAAUUCCGCAACAUCCUCCACCUCAACAUCCCCUGAGUACUCCGCAACACCCACAAGGAGGCAGACAGCAAGGUCAGCCUCCAAAUGCAAUGUCUCAACAUCCUCAAACACCUCAUCCACAGGGGGAAUCACAGCAAAGGCAGCCUGCAAGUGCCAUGCCUCAGCCUCCUCCGCCUCCACACCCACAAGGAGCGCCGAAGCAGAGAUCUCAAAGCCCCACGCCUCCACAUCCACAGGUCUCAGACCCACAGCAGAGAUUCGUCAAUGCCAACCCGCAUCCUCAACCUCAACACUCCCGAGGAACACCACAGCCGAUACUGCCCAAGGACCGAAGAGAUGGGGAAGCGCAACGACAAGAAGCAAUGGGUAACAGCAACGUGCAGCAAGCAAGGCAAGCGAUGCCAGGUGCUGCCAUAGGAUCUCACCCAGGACGAACUCAGCCAUUGUCGAAUGAGAGACCCGAAUCCGAGUGCAAGACGGACGAGCAGGAACCGAGAGCAUCAAUUAUGCAAGAAAGGAGAAGAAGAGCAGCAGAGUCUCAGCGUCGUAUGGCAGAACGUCAAGAGCAACAGACCGGGCACGACUGUAGACACGAAGACCACGACGCCGACUCUUGUCCCCAUCAGACCGAACGUCACUCAACGACAGAGCAUGCAGAAGAGUCUCAUUCUAUCAGUGGUCCACAAAGCAUGUUGAACAUGUUCAAAGCUCGAGCCGACGCAGCCAUCGAAGCGUCAGGUGAUUACCCGAGCUUCACCGACCAGAUGGUACAAUUGCUAUGCAAAAUGGCCCAAGACGCUAUGCCGGAGAUCGAACGGAGAUUGGCCCAGAAUCAGAGGCAAGAUUGCUCCUGA